UUCAAGAUGUCUGCUGCCAUGGUGGAGCAUGUUGUGGCUGAUGCGGGAGCUUUCUUAAAAAAGGCACCGUUACAGGAUAUCGGGAAGAAUAUUUACACCCUGAAGGAUGUCGUUGAAGAAAUACGGGACAAGCAAACCAGACGAAGUCUCGCUUUUCUGCCGUAUAAACUUAAUUUCAAGGAACCCUUCCCAGAAUACGUUAGACUAGUGACUGAAUUCUCCAAAAAAACUGGAGACUACCCCAGCCUCUCAGCCACCGACAUCAAAGUACUGGCUUUAACUUACCAGCUGGAAACGGAAACAGUCGGAUCUGCACACUUGAAAAAAGACCCGGACGUUAAAAUCACUUUAUGCGGCACACAGCGCCACCCAGAGGCCCCUGUUGGCAUUGCAGGGUUUCACCUUCCAUCGAAGGCAAUGCUAGGAAAACCAACUGCGCCCCCCCAGAGCGUUCAGGAUACCGAGAGUGCGGAGUUCAACAGCUUCCAGUUCUGGAGGAACCCCCUGCCCGCCAUUGAAUCUGACCUGCUGGACCUGCUGGUGAGGAGAUCUGCUUAUGAAUGUUUGGCUAAGGCUGUAAAGCUGCAGUCAGCUCAUCUCUCUUCAAGGGGACAGGAUUUACAGCCGCAGUCUGAAGUGGAGAAUGCUGAGGACGUCGGAGGGUUCGAGGAGGGUAAUGAAUUGGAUGAUGAGGAGGAAGAGGAUGAUGACGGUGGAGGCUGGAUCACCCCCCAUAACAUCACACAGGUCCAAAUGGACAUGGGUGUGUUUGAAUCUCCUACAGAUAUCAGAGUUGGCUGUGUGACCACUGACUUUUCCAUGCAGAACGUUCUCAUUCAGAUUGGCCUACAUGUCCUGUCUGUGAAUGGGAUGCUAAUCAGACAGGCUCGGAACUAUAUUUUGCGCUGCCAUGCCUGCUUCAAAACCACAACAAACAUGACCAAGAUCUUCUGUCCAAACUGCGGGAACAAGACGCUGAAGAAAGUGGCAGUGACGAUCAAUGAGGAUGGCAGCAUGCAGAUGCACUUCUCCAAGAACCCCAAAGUGCUUAACCCCCGCGGUCUGAAGCACUCCCUGGCCCAGCCGAAAGGGGGAAAACACAGCAGCAAUCCUCACCUUGUGGAGGACCAGCGAUUCCCCCAGCAGCGACUGUCCCGCAAGGCCAGGCAGAAAACCGAUGUCUUCGACCCAGAUUACGUAGCCAGUGGCUCCCCUUUUGCUGAGAAUGACAUCUACAGCCGGGCCGCAAACCUGCAGCUGCGGGACUCUCACUGUGGAGGGGGGCGGCGCCGUGCUAACCCUAAUGCAGCACGCAAGAAAUUUGUCAGGAACAAAUAAGGGCUGUUUGCAAUGGGGGGGGGGGGUGUAUAAUUAAUGUCCUAAGGCCAACGGGUGUACUGCUUGUAAUUCAGGGUUAACUUGGUUGUUUCUCAAACUCACCAACUAUUCAGUUCAGUCCCUUAGUAAUGGCUAAAUCAAUUCAUUUGCUGUAUUUUCUGACUGUCCCCCAUGUUCAAAUUAGUCCAGGACUAAGGCUAAAGCUGGUGCAGGUUUUACUGGCUUGAUUGUGCCGGAGGGAGGCAGACAGCCAGGUUUCCAGGAAUUAACCUUCACGGGCUACAAAUUACGAGCAUUAGAUACUAAUGCAUUUCCCCCCCCCCCCCCCCCCAAGUCCUGAAAUGUUCAGACUGGCAGUUUUGUAAAUGUACACUUGCCCUUUUUAAAACUCAAAGCAAUAAACCCAUAUUUAAUAUCAGAA